CUAGACGGUUACCCACUUUUAAAAUAAAUUUUGUGACUAAAUUUUCUACUAAGUCAAAGAAAGCAUGAUAUGGACGAAAAUUAUAUUAGGAACAGGAAUUAUCUUAAUUAUAAUAUUUUUCUGGACUGUCUGGUCACUUUACUCAAAGAGAGAAAUUUUGAAAUUUGCUGAAAAAUACAAAUCGUCCGACAAAUUUUAUCCAAUUUUCGGUAACUCCUUAACGCUUAUAAACAAUGAUUGCUUUCAGUUUGCAAAUCAAGUAAAAAAGAGAGGUUCUCCAAUUGGAUGUUGGUUAGGACCCAAUUAUUAUUACAUGCCAGAUGACAGCGAAGAAAUUAGGCUAAUCCUAACACAUCCAGAUUGUCUGGAAAAAGCCGAAUUAUUCUAUAAUUUAAGCAAAUUAAUUAUACCAGCUAAUAUCCUAUACUUACCAGUGAAGCAAUGGAAGCCAAAGAGGAAGUUCUUGUCGAAAAGCUUCAAUCAAGUAACUCUUAAUUCUUUCGUUCCGAUUUUUUACAAAAACAGCAAAACUUUAAUCGAGACACUUAAAGAUAUGGAAAAUAGAGAUCUUUUUGUGGUUUGUGUCGCUUACGCAUUGAGUUCAUUUUUGGAAACGAUGGGAAAUAAGGAAUACAAUUUCCAAACAGAACAAGGUUUCAAGCUGCUCGAAGAGCUUGAUCUAUUCCAAGAAAUUUUUGGGCAUAAUGUUGUUAAAGCGAUAUCAGGCUAUCCUUUCUUAUUGAUCUGCAUUUGGAAAAAUUUUAUGAAGUUUCUUCAAGGUGCCAAGAGUGCAAUGUUCUUCACAAGUUCUAUGCAUAAGGUUGUUUCUGAAAGGAAAAAACAAAUUAACGAAAAUUCACCCGUGCAAAAGUCAUUUCUAGAUUCAGUAAUACAUGCUGAUAAAAAUCUGUAUUCUAAAAGUGACAUAAAUGAUGAAUUUGCUGGGUUUGCUUUUGCUGCAGCUGAUACUACUGGCAAUGCUUUGGCUUUUCUAUUGACCCUUUUGGGCAUGAAUUUAGACAUUCAGGAUAAAGUAUAUGAGGAAAUCUUAUGGGAAGUAGGUCUGGAUCGUCCGAUUGAAGUUCAAGAUCUACCCAAAUUGAAAUACCUCGAAAGAGUUAUUUUUGAAACUCUGAGACUGUUUCCAAUAGCUCCGGCAAUAGGAAGAUAUACCACCAAUGACGUAAAUUGUGGUACUAAGACAUUUCCAAAAGGUAUUAAUAUAGUGAUAAGUAUUUUUACCCUUCAUCGUAAUAAGCGAUACUGGAUUGACCCUUUAAAAUUUAACCCUGACCGAUUUCUACCAGAAGAAGUAGCAAAAAGACCACCAAAUUGCUACAUUCCAUUUUCUGCAGGAACUCGAAAUUGUAUUGGAAAAACUUACGGACUAAUGAGCUUGAAAGUUGUAGCUGCCAGUGUCGUGCGUAACUUUAAGAUUACUUCCAAAUACAAAUCGGUAGAAGAAAUGGAUCUAAGGUCGUUUUUAACCAUGAGGACUAAACAUAACCUAGACUGCCAAUUUACACCCAGAUGACAACUUAAAAAUAAUGAUAGAAAUUUGUAUUUUUUUUUAAUAAUUUGUAUUUUUCUUAAAAUAAUUUGAUUUGAUUGAAGUGAUUGAUAUGUUAAUUUAGUCAGUUUUCUAUAAAAUAACAAUUACUAUAAAUUAUAAUGCAUGUGUGUUG